AGGAUGGCUUGCCCCGGGUCCUUUACAGAUGACAGUAGUUUGGAGUUUUAUCCACCAAAGCUAUGGGGUUUGGACUACCACUUCAACGUGUAUAACAAGAUGUACAUUGAGGACAUUCUAGAAAUGGAAGAGUAUCCAUAUUAUACAGGUGCUUUUUCGUUCAAGAAUCACCCCAUUUACAAGGUGGAUGUUCUAGGAGUGGUCGUGAAAAAAGUAGAAAACUCAAAAUGUUUCAUUUAUGCAGUUGAUGAUGGAACUGGUGUUAUACUGUGUUGUUGCUGGAAGGACAACUUUUACAGUCAUACAGCUCCUGUCUCAACUUUAGAUGGUCUUCCAGUAUUGUUAAGACAGAAGGUGAAUGAGAUACAGAUGUAUACUGCCGAAACCACGGAAGGCUAUAGUCUCGGUGAUCUGAUACAAGUCAAGGGGAAGUUAAAGAUCUUUAGAGACAAAAAAGAAGUUGUGGCAAAUAUUCACAAGAAGAUUACUGACCCACAGUUUCAGGUGUUCAGAAUGUGUGAGUUACCAAGACUAUAUAGUCAGCGUUAUGACAGACCAUUCCAACUGCCAUACAAGGUGCAGCAGGCACUUAAACAACGUAGACAAGAAUCAACAUCUGGUAUCACAUCUGAGACAUCUGUGGUGUGUGACCUAAAAGCUGUGAUAUUUGAUUAUAUUUCCAAAAGCAAUCACAUAGUUGACCUUCCUGUUAGUGACCUUUUGCAAUACACCAAGGUCAAGGACAUCUUAACAAAACUAAACAAUGGUCAGGGUGACAGUAUGGAAAAGCAGCAUUCAUUACUGUUUGAAACUCUAAGUUUACUGGAAGAUGAUGGUCAUGUGACCAGAAGAAAUGACAGAAGGAUGCUAUUUGAGGUAUUGUUGCACAAGUCAAAGCUAGACACAAGCAUAAUGAAAAUACUUCUUACAGAUACAGCAAAACCUAAAUAUUCUGAGAAAGGAUGUCAUUAUUUACAUGUGUUGGAUGAACUUCACAAAACCCUUCCAUAUUCAAAAGUGAAGAAAGAAGCUCUUAUGUUUUGUCUCCAGAAACUUGAAGCACAAAGUGAUGUUAUCAGAACAACCCAUGCACACUAUUUACCAUGUGGUGAUUGAAGUGAACAUUCUGAUGUCUAGUGAUGUUAUCAGAUCAACCCAUGCACACUAUUUACUAUGUGGUGACGGAAGUGAACAUUCUGACUAGUGAUGUUAUCAGAACAACCCAUGCACACUAUUUACUAUGUAGUGAUUGAAGUGUACGUUCUGACUAGUGAUGCUAUCAAAACAACCCAUGCACACUAUUUACUAUGUGAUGAUUGAAGUGUACGUUCUGACUAGUGAUGUUAUCAGAACAACCCAUGCACACUAUUUACUAUAUGGUGAUUGAAGUGAAUGUUCUGACUAGUGAUGUUAUCAGAACAAGCCAUGCACACUAUUUACUAAGGGUGAUUGAAGUGAACAUUCUGACUAGUGAUGUUAUCAGAACAUCCCAUGCAAACGAUUUACUAUGCAGCAAUUGAAGUGAACAUUCUGACUAGUGAUGUUAUCAGAACAACCCCUGCACACUAUUUACUAAGCAGCAAUUGAAGUGAACGUUUUGACUAGUGAUGUUAUCAGAACAAGCCAUGUACACUAUUUACUAUGUGGUGAUUGAAGUGAACAUUCUGACUAGUGAUGUUAUCAGAACAACUCAUGCACACUAUUUACUAAGCAGCAAUUGAAGUGAACGUUUUGACUAGUGAUGUUAUCAGAACAACCCAUGCACACAAUUUACUAUGUGGUGAUUGAAGUGAACGUUUUGACUAGUGAUGUUAUUAGAACAACCUAUGCACACUAUUUACUAUAUGGUGAUUGAAGUGAACGUUUUGACUAGUGAUGUUAUCAGAACAACCCAUGCACACUAUUUACUAUGUGGUGAUUGAAGUGAACGUUUUGACUAGUGAUGUUAUCAGAACAACCUAUGCACACUAUUUACUAUGUGGUGAUUGAAGUGUACGUUCUGACUAGGUGGUGAUUGAAGUGAACAUUCUGACUAGUGAUGUUAUCAGAACAACCCAUGCACACUAUUUACCACGUGGUGAUUGAAGUGAACAUUCUGACUAGUGAUGUUAUCAGAACAACCCAUGCACACUAUUUACUGUGUGGUGAUUGAAGUGAAUGUUCUGACUAGUAAUGUUAUCAGAACAACCCAUGCGCACUAUUUACUAUAUGGUGAUUGAAGUGUACGUUCUGACUAGUGAUGUUAUCAGAACAACCCAUGCGCACUAUUUACUAUGUGGUGAUUGAAGUGAACGUUUUGACUAGUAAUGUUAUCAGAACAACCCAUGCGCACUAUUUACUAUAUGGUGAUUGAAGUGUACGUUUUGACUAGUAAUGUUAUCAGAACAACCCAUGCACACUAUUUACUGUGUGGUGAUUGAAGUGAAUGUUCUGACUAGUGAUGUUAUCAGAACAACCCAUGCGCACUAUUUACUAUAUGGUGAUUGAAGUGUACGUUCUGACUAGUGAUGUUAUCAGAACAACCCAUGCGCACUAUUUACUAUGUGGUGAUUGAAGUGUACGUUCUGACUAGUGAUGCUAUCAGAACAACCCAUGCACACUACUAUGUGGUGAUUGAAGUGAACGUUCUGACUACUGAUGCUAUCAGAACAACCCAUGCGCACUAUUAACUAUGUGGUGAUUGAAGUGAAUGUUCUGACUAGUGAUGCUAUCAGAACAACCCAUGCACACUAUUUACUAUGUGGUGAUUGAAGUUAACGUUCUGACUAGUGAUGUUAUCAGAACAACCCAUGCUUUCAAUUUACCAUGCUGUGAUUGAAGUGAAUGUUCUGGCUAGUGAUAUCAGAACAACCCAUGCACACAAUUUACUAGGUUGUGAUUGAAGUAAACGUUCUGACUAGUGAUGUUAUUAGAACAACCUAUGCACACUAUUUACUAUGUGGUGAUUGAAGUGAACGUUCUGACUAGUGAUGUUAUUAGAACAACCCAUGCACACUACUAUGUUGUGAUUGAAGUAAACGUUCUGACUAGUGAUGUUAUUAGAACAACCUAUGCACACUAUUUACUAUGUGGUGAUUGAAGUGAACGUUCUGACUAGUGAUGUUAUUAGAACAACCCAUGCACACUACUAUGUUGUGAUUGAAGUAAACAUUCUGACUAGUGAUGUUAUUAGAACAACCUAUGCACACUAUUUACUAUGUGGUGAUUGAAGUGAACGUUCUGACUAGUGAUGUUAUUAGAACAGCCCAUGUGCACUAUUUACUAUAUGGUGAUUGAAGUGAACAUUCUGACUAGUGAUGUUAUCAGAACAACCCAUGCACACUAUUUACUAUAUGGUGAUUGAAGUGUCGGUUUGACUAGUGAUGUUAUCAGAACAACCCAUGCUUUCAAUUCACCAUGCUGUGAUUGAAGUGAAUGUUCUGGCUAGUGAUAUCAGAACAACCCGUGCACACAAUUUACCAGGUUGUGAUUGAAGUGAAAGUUCUGACUAGUGAUGUUAUUAGAACAACCUAUGCACACUAUUUAUCAUAAUGAGAUUUUUCAAAAGCUUCUAGAACAAAAUGAUGCCAUCACUUAAGCUUUGCUUCCGUAAUUUUGAAAGGCAAAAUAGUGUUUUGAAAACAACUUGUGUUCAUUAUGUACCAUGUAGAGACUAAAGCUAGGGUUUUAUUUCCUCAGAAGAAAUCAUGUUAUUAUUUAUCUUUUGGAACCUUGGAGGACACAGUGAUGUCAAUGAAACAGCCAGUACUCAUUGUUUACACCUUGAGGGAAGUGAAGUUAGGGUUCUUUCUUCAGAAAGAUGAUGGAUUUUCAGACAUUGCAUGCCGUUACAUAGCAACAUAAGUGGCAUGAUAUUUAUCAGGGUAACUAACUUACAUGCCAGCAAAUAGAAGUGUUCUUACAUCCUGUUAAAGGUCAAGUUCAAGAAAAACGAGAAUAUUGAUUUUACUUGAAAUGUUCCUACAAGAUGAAUACCUAUACAGUGAUGGGAUUGGAAACUGGAAAGUUGCUCCGAAAGAUGUAGUUUACUUGUUGUGCAAAUAUACUUUUGCCUGUUUUGUAUUAGAUCUAAAAAGACUAUUUUUAAGUUAUUUUAUCAUCUGAGACAUACAUCUUAAUUAUUUUUUUAUUUAUACUUAACUUAAUCUUAUGCAUGUAUGUGAUAAUUGUGUGUUAAUAAAACUUGAUAUAUACCAUGUAAUACUUGCUACUUCGUUCAUCACUUGUCACUUCCAUGAACACUGAUAGUUGUCUUAUUUAAACAACACAUAAAGUUGCCGACCCAGUAUCAUUCUAAUUUAAUGAUAACAGCAAGACCUUUUGAUGAGAGUGAUAAGAAUUCAUGCACAUUAGACUGGAGUUUCUAGUGAUUUUACUUACGCCAGCCAAACCCAUUUGAUACCAGCGAAACCAUUCUGACACCAACAAAACCAUUCUGACACCAACCAUACUAGAUGACCCGUCCUUUUACUGAUGAUAAAAGAAACUAAAUUUUUGUAUUAGAUUCCUGCAUAAAUUAUUGUACCUCCCGAUAACAAAAUUGUAAGGGGUUGUAUACUGGUUUCAGGUUGUCUGUCUGUCCGUCCGUCUGGCCGUCUGUCCGUAGACGCAAUCUUGUGCGCACCAUCUCUCCUUAUUCCCUUGACAGAAUUUAAUGAAACUUCACACAAGUGAUCAGUACCAACAGUAGUUGUGCAUGGGGCAUGUUAGAUUCUUUUAGAAAUUUUUUUUAGAGUUAUGGGACUUUGUUUCUUUGUUACUAUACUAUAUACAUAGACACAAUCUUGUGCGCACCAUCUCUUCUCAUCCUCCUGACACAAUUUAAUGAAACUUUACACAAGUGAUCAGUACCAACAGUAGUUGUGCAUGGGGCAUGUAAGGUUCUUUUAGAAAAAAAUUUUGCAGAGUUAUGGGACUUUGUUUUUUUUUUUGUUACUAUACUAUAUACAUAGACACAAUCUUGUGCGCACCAUCUCUUCUCAUCCUCCUGACACAAUUUAAUGAAACUUUACACAAGUGAUGUGAUCAGUACCAACAGUAGUUGUGCAUGGGGCAUGUAAGGUUCUUUUAGAAAAAAACUUUGCAGAGUUAUGGGACUUUGUUUUUUUUGUUACUAUACUAUAUACAUAGACACAAUCUUGUGCGCACCAUCUCUUCUCAUCCCCUUGACACAGUUUAAUGAAACUUCCCACAAGUGAUCAAUAACAACAGUAGUUGUGCAUGGGGCAUGUUAGGUUCUUUCAGAAUUUGCAGAGUUAUGGGACUUCGUUUUUUUGUUACUAUACUAUAUACAUAGACACAAUCUUGUGUGCACCAUCUCUCCUCAUCCCCUUGACACAAUUUAAUGAAACUUCCCACAGGUGGUCAGUAACAACAGUAGUUGUGCAUGGGGCAUGUUAGGUUCUUUCAGGGACAAAAAUUGCAGAGUUAUGGGACUUUGUUUCUUGUUAACAUACUAUGUACAUACAGUCUGCAUAUGCAAUCUUGUGCGUGCCUAAUCUACCAAACCCUUGCACACAAUUUAAUGAAACUUCACACAAGUGAUCAGUACCAACCCUAGUUGUGCAUGGUGCAUGUUACAUUCUUUUAGAUAAAUAUUCUGCAUAGUUAUGGGACUUUGCUUUUUGUUACUAUACUGUAUACAUACAGUCUAUAUACAUACAGUCCACAUGAUUAUGCAAUCUUGUGUGCGUCAAAUUGCAAUGUACUGUGUCAGUGCAUGCGGGGGGUACAUUCAUCACCUUUAGUGAUAGCUCUAGUCUAUUUUUGAAAUUCGAUGAAAAUCAAAUACCUUGGUAGUUUCACUAUCCUCCUUAUACCAGUGUAUAUGUCUAAAUUCAGAAAAAUGUUAUUUUAAUAUUGUGCUACAAAUGAUGAAACAGAACAGCACCUGCACAUUGUUGAUGAUGUUAUUUUCCUGCUGUCGUUUUAAUGCAU